AUGAAGUGUGACGUCAGAAGUGUAGGUGGAGGCUGGAUCGAAGCCCAGAACUCCAGCGGACACACCGGACUGGUUCCUGAAGGAUAUUUACAGAUCGGUAACGUUGGCGGUGGAGGAGGUGGAGGAGGAGGAGGAGGAGGGGAGUCGUGGUCAGGGGGCGGGGCUUAUGUCAGUAACACAGAGGGAUGGGACAGCCGAGGAUACCCACACAAUCAACAAGUGUCUCCACCAGCUGGUGAGGAUGACGACGGCGAGUGGGAUGACGACUGGGACGACCAAUCACUGGGCGGUUACUAUGGCAACGAGCAGGUGGAGGGCGAGGGCGGAGCUUCAGGACGGAGUACCCACGGACCGUCCGUCAAAAUCUCCCUCAACAAGUUCCCGUUCUCCAAAGGUCCGAGUCCUGAAGUCUUCCUAUUAGCCAAACCACCAGCCAACAGCAGAGACAGACUUCCUGUCUAUAUGGGAGAUGUGGGUCCUGUGUGGCUCUACCCGACGUCUCCUCUGGACUGUGUGAUCGCUGAUCCGAAGAAAGAGUCCAAACUGUACGGACUGAAGAGCUUCAUCGAGUACCAGGUCACACCGAACGGGUCCCGGUCAGUCCGCCUCAGCCUGCCGGACCCUGUGGACCUGGACCCGCUUGUGGACCCGGACCUGAACCGAGCUCUCAGACACGCGCACACACCUGUGCAGGUGGACGGUGACACGUCGCCGCUGAGCAGACACCAAACACAACUUGAUCUGAAGCAGCUCUCAGACCCGGUUCUGCAGCGGGGCGGUCUGCGCUGGACCCGUGCCGGUGUGAAGGCGACCGUCGCGCGCUGCUCGGUGAAACGUGAGCCGGACUAA